AUGUUUAAGUUAACACUUUCGCUCUUCUUAGCGACCGUCGCCUUGGUUCACAGCGCGAGUAUUUUGGAUUUCCUAGACUGGGACGACGGUAAGAAAUUAAUAGAGGUGCCCGAGUUAAGAAAUGAUCAGCCAAACAGAAACUGUCUGUGCAAAGGACCAGCCUGUGUAUGCUGUGUGGACUUCAAUAUCACCUUUGUCGAUCUGGGCGGACCAGGAUGCGUUCACAUGAAAUACCUAUCCCCGGACGAUGGAUUUUCAGUUAACGUCUCAUACGGAAAAAACCUCUUACACACUUCGAAGAUACAAGGCACAAAUCCCGCACCAAUAUGUCUACAAGUAUUUGGAAAGUUUGCCCAAGUCUGCGCCAAAUUCAGUGAUCUAGCACCAACUGCGGAUGGCUUAAGAGGCUGUCUAGAACUAGAACCUAGACUGCUAGGAGAGGCUCAAUUAGAUUUUCCUAUUGGAUGUUUCAAAUCGACACCAGGUGGUAUGGAAAUGGAAGAUCCACCUGCAGAACCUGAAGCUGAGGAAACAACUGAAGCGCCCGAAGAGAACGCAUUUGACGCGGAAACCUUCUUAGCUAGCGUUUAUCAAACUGCAGAGCAAGGUGUUGCGCUUCUCAGUAGUCUUUUAGACAUACCAAUUAAACGCAACUCAACAACCACCGUCGCUCCCCCCACCACAUCAGAAGCAUCUCAGAGAAGAGGCCCAAAGAACCUCAAACAUCCUAACCAAUUGUGA